UUUCUCUGAUUCAGAAGCAUAGUGUUGUCAUUUUACCCUGACAACAGAAUGGCAGAAAUCUCAAAAUGAGGGGACAUUUUUGCAGCAGCAGAAUGGAUAUUAUCUGUCAACGUCUAGUGCGUUGGGGUCCCUGGGUAAGGGCUGCGAAAUCACCGGGACACAGGGGAUGCAGAGCAAAGGCAGCACUUGCAACUGCAUGCUGUCGUUUAUUUUCCACACAGCUAUAUACUUGCAGCAAUCAGAGGACACACUGCCGGAGGCUGGAAUACAGCUCCCAAGGAUACCAUAAAGUGCUCUGCCCCUGCUCCCCCCACAUUGCUGUUGCAGCAGAAAAUAAUAAAUAACAGAAUGUCAUAUACAACAUCAAGUGAGUGCCUUCUACUGCUACAGCCAUGAGUCAGUCCUCCUGUUCCAUACCCUCUCAUGGAAACGGUGGUGAUUUGGCCUCCAGCUUUGAUAAGUUUUUUAAGAACUACAACCAGGAAUGCAAAAUCAUCUCUCAGGAAGCCAUCAAGUCAAUUCAAUCAAGACUGAAGGAGGGAGACAUUCAGAGUGCAGUUUCUACAAUCAGUGAUAUAUUGAGAGACAUCAAUAAUGCCCCACUGAGCAUUGCUGUGACUGGGGAGUCUGGGGCAGGGAAGUCCAGCUUCAUCAAUGCCCUGCGGGGCAUGGGACACGAGGAAGAAGGGGCUGCCCCUACUGGGCCAGUAGAGACAACCUUUGAGAGAAACAAAUAUAAACACCCAAAGUUUCCCAAUGUGACAUUAUGGGACCUGCCUGGCAUAGGGACCACUAACUUGCAGCCUCAUGAGUAUCUGGAGAAAAUGAAAUUUGGUGAGUAUGACUUCUUUAUUAUCAUCUCUGCUACACGCUUCAAACUCAAUGAUGCACAACUGGCUACAGCAAUUGGAAAAAUGAAGAAGAAUUUCUACUUUGUUCGAACUAAAAUAGACAGUGAUUUAUAUAAUCUAAAAAGGAGUCAACCCAACAAAUUCAAUGAACAUGAAAUCCUGCAAAGGAUCCGCAAUGACUGUGUGACUCAACUUCAGAAGGCCAAUGUGAGUGAUGCUCAGAUCUUCUUAGUUUCCAGCUUUGAGUUGUCUCGCUAUGAUUUCCAAAGCCUGGAGACCACCCUUCUGAGGGAACUCCCAGCCCACAAGCGCCACAUCUUCAUGCAACACCUGCCGAAUAUUACUGAGGCCAUCAUUGACUGGAAGAGGGAUUCCCUGAAACAGAAGGUCUGGCUGGAGGCCAUGAAGGCUGGAGCAUCGGCCACUGUCCCUUUGAUGGGCUACAUCAGUGAUAAAGAUGUAGAGACUUUAAAGGACACUUUAACACUCUACAGGGUUUACUUUGGGCUGGAUGAUGCAUCCCUGAAAACCAUGGCCAAGGACUUUCACGUGUCAUUGGAGAAACUCAAGGCAAACCUUAUGUCUCCCCAUUUGCUAUCAUUUGAGAAGGAUGAUGGGUCCUUAGGGGAAAAACUGUUAAGAUAUGUGGAAAAAUUCUGCUCUGUUAUUGGAGGACCCAUUGCUGCUGGUCUUUACUUUAGGAAGAUUUACUAUGUGCAAAAUUAUUUCCUUGAGACUGUGGCAAGUGAUGCGAAAGUUCUUCUUAAAAAUGAAGAGAUUUUUAAGGACUCUGAAGAACCUGGGCAAGCUUAUCUACCUCAGGAUGUUGGGAAUAAAAAUGGGAAAAGUGAGGCAGCCAGCUCCUGAAUUAUUCUCAGUGUUGGCAUGGCACUGGUGCCUGGAAAGAUAACUUAGAGUUUCCUUUAAGCAUUCUGACCCACUGCCCUCAAGGGUAUCACAGAUAUUUCCAUAAUACACUCUUGAAAAAACUAUGAACUUAGUGACUAUUAUUUGACAGUGAGAGCAAUGAACUCUAAAGAAUCCUUCCUUCAUAUGAUCCUUCAUAUGAUUAUUUUGGAAAAAAUGAAGGACAGUAGUCUGGAAUUUUCUGCUUAGCGGAGAGAAUAACUCUGUGUGAUGGUUACUUCAUGCACAGCACUGGUCUUUCUACUGACAUACUAGUUAAAAAUGGCUAUGCUCAUAGUGGGUUCUGAAAAAUGAAUUUUUAUAAAUGCGUACAUAGUGUAUCUUUGGUGUUCCUGACAUUCUGUUAUGAAUCCAUAAAUUCUUUUCCUUAAAGUUUUUUUAAAGAUUUUAUUUAUUUAUUUAACAGAGAGAGACAGCAAGAGAGGGAACACAAGCAAGGGGAAUAGGAGAGGGAGAAGCAGGCUU